AUGAACUUCAAUCCAGGUGCCUUCAUGAAUCCAUUCAGAGGCCUGCCCUUUCUUCCCGCUGCCCCUGUGCCCACACACCAGCCAUUCUGGGAGCUGCCCAUGGCACCACAGGUGGCUGCACCCAUCUCCCAGGGUAACCCUCUGGUGCUGUCUGCUUACCCUGGACAACCAUAUGUGGCUGGGCUGUUCGGUUUUGGACAACGUGGGCCAGAACGGAGGCCAAUAGAGCCGCGUCGUAUUCAGAACAAUGCCCACACUCAGGGACCCCUCAACUGGAGGGCUCCAGGGGCCUUCUGCCGGGGUAUGGAGAAUCCUGCUCCAUUCCUCCCGGCGGCUGCCCUGAGGACCACCGUGCCUGCCUCAGCCAGUGGGGGCAUCCAGAACUACGGGGGCCCCUGUUACCUGGUCCGUCGGCCUCCAGCACCACGACCAUUUGCCCAGGUGGCCCCAAUCAUGUUCCCAAUGAAUGCCCAACAAUGGCCAGGUAGAGUGUAUGGGGAGGGUGCACUGCCCACCUUCCAGGCUGCAGUGCCACCAGAUGACUCCAACGAACCUCAGAGCAUCUACGAAAACUUCCGGCGCUGGCAGCGCUUCAAGACCCUGGUCCGCAGGCACCUUCCUCAGACUCCAGAUGUGGAAGCACUCUCCUGCUUCCUCGUCCCAGUGCUUCGGUCCCUGUCCCGACGGGAGCCCACCAUAACCGUGGAGGAGGGCCUGCGGAAGGGUUUGCAGGAAUGGCAGCGCACGAGCAACUUUGAUCGAAUGAUCUUCUAUGAGACCGCGGAAAAGUUCUUGGAAUUUGAGGCUGCAGAAGAGUUGGAGGAUCCAAGGAUGCAACUGUCUGGGGUCUUCCAGUCCCAACCUCCUCCCGUACCUCAGAGGCUGGAUCAUCCAAAGCCCCCGGUCCCUAAGGCUGUCCAACAGUCAGGACCUUCCUUCUAG